UUCCUCUUUUUUCAGAACCAUUUUUGAGAUUCUUCCAAUGGUCUUCUCUCUUCCAUAGGAUUUCACAGAGUCCCAUCUAUAAUUCACACAUCAAUCCCUUCAAUUAUAGUUGGUGUGUGGAUGUUUAUGUGAAUCUUUUUUCAAGGACUAUAAAAGACAAAACUUUUCUGGGUUUAUUGGCUCUUGCUUUGUUCUGCAAACUAUUUUUCUGAGUUUUCUCCUGGAAAAAUAAAAAACUUUUCAAGAGAAUUAUUGUAUAUUAAAAAAAAAAUUCCAUUUCUCUUAGAUUUUUAUCCAAACAAAAAAUAUAUAUUUCUCUCUCAUUUUUCUGCAAAUUUCUCCAUAUUUUUUUUUAUUAAUUUGUGGAAAAGAUUGAGACAUGGGCAAGCAAGGGCCUUGCUAUCACUGUGGAGUUACAAGCACACCACUUUGGCGCAAUGGACCACCAGAGAAGCCAGUACUAUGCAAUGCAUGUGGCUCUCGAUGGAGGACAAAGGGAACCCUUGCAAAUUAUACCCCUUUACAUGCUCGGGCAGAAACUGAUGAUUAUGAGGACCAAAGGGUUUCCAGGGUAAAGAGCAUAUCAUUAAAUAAGAACAAAGAAGUGAAAUUGCUCAAACGAAAGCAGAACCAUGAUAAUGUAGUAUCUGGAGUGCUUGCACCUGAUUACAACCAGGGAUUCCGAAAGGCUGUAGAUGAAGAUACAAGCAAUAGAUCGAGUUCAGGAUCAGCUAUAUCUAACUCAGAGAGUUGUGCACAAUUUGGCGGCAUGGAUGCUAGUGAUCUUACAGGUCCUGCUCAGUCAGUGGUCUGGGAUGCCAUGGUUCCUUCAAAAAAGAGGACAUGUGUGGGUCGUCCAAAGCCUUCUUCUGUUGAGAAGCUCACUAAAGAUUUAUGCACUAUUCUUCAUGAACAACAGUCUUAUUUUUCUGCAUCUUCUGAAGAAGAUCUUCUUUUUGAAAAUGAAACACCAAUGGUCUCUGUCGAGAUUGGACAUGGAAGCGUUCUCAUUAGGCAUCCUAGCUAUAUAGCUCGUGAAGAAGAGUCUGAGGCUAGCUCUCUUUCAGUUGAGAAUAAACGAAGCUCAAUUAGUGAGGCAUAUUCGCAUCCUGGUGCCAUUCUUACGCAUAAUGAUUCCAGUCUCAUGAACUUCUCCUCACCUCCAGGAGUUCAAAAGGUCAGAAACUCUGCUGGCCAAGGAAUGCAGCAGGAUCAACUUAAAAGUGACAAGUUUCAGCUUGAAAGAGUACAAAUCCUUGGAAGUCAUGAUUCACCACUACGCUUAAUAGAUUUAAAUGAUGUAGUAAACUAUGAAGAGUUUUUGAAAAUCUUGACAAAUGAAGAGCAGCAGCAAUUACUGAAGUUUCUUCCUGUGGUUGAUACUGCUAAACUUCCUGAUAGCCUUAAAGUCAUGUUCCAUAGCUCUCAAUUCAAGGAGAACUUAAGUUAUUUUCAGCAGCUUCUCACGGAAGGUGUCUUUGAUAUCUCUUUGUUGGGUCCAAAACCUGAAGACUGCAAGACUUUGAAAAGUCUUGUAUUGUCCAAUCUGUCAAAAUCAAAAUGGGUAGAACACUAUAAUUUUCUGAAGAGAUGUAAACACAGAGCUGGAAAAUCUGGUGCUCUGGGAUCUACUGGGACAGCAUCAAUUAAUGUUGCAAAUUGCAAGAGAAUGCGUGACAACCGAAAUCAAACCUUUCCAGAAUUGAGGACAAUAAUGAGGAGUCCCAAAAGUGUGAUCACAAAGGCUGGCUGUGAGGGCAAAGAAGCUGCAGAAGAUGGCACAUGCUAUAGUCCAAAAAGCUUAUUUGCUUUGCCUCCUGAUGCUAGCUCCCUCCUUCGGGAUUCCUUAAACUUUGUAGAGGAGAGUUCUGAUCAGGAUCUGCUGCUAGAGGUGCCAUCUAACAGUUCUUUUCCACAGGCAGAACUCCUUAACCCAACUUUAAGCUUUGGUGCUCAAACCAGUACUAGUAGUAGCUCAGUAUAUUCAUAUAUUAUCCACCAUUAAGUAAUCUUAACAAGUUUACUCGGGUGGCUAACUGGUUACUGGCUAUUAGUAGUUCUGUCGCAUAUUUUACAUCUUAUAUAUAUAUGAUGGUUGUGCUUUUGUUUACUUGCAACCUUCUUGAGCUUGGAUUGCCAACGAUGCAAGUUGGGUGGGGUUUUUUUUUUUUUUUUUUUGUAUAGGUUAGUGACAGGUUGUAACAUAUAACAUGAAAU